UUUGCGCAAGUUCCAAACAGAGCCUGUAAAGUUUUUCUCUCUCUCCCCCACCCCACCCUCUCUCUAAAACGCUCCGCCGUCGCCAAGUUUCUAAUGGGGAGCUGUGCUUGAGUCAUGGCUGACGACUAGGCGCAUAGCCGACUUCUUGUUCCGAUGACUGUGUAGGAUUGCCGUCGAUUCACCGGCGAGCGCACGUUAGCGAUUGGUCCCAUUCCGGUGAUGCUCGGGGUACUCUGCGCACGCCCCAAGCCUUGGAUCCUCGCAUCGCUGUCAUUGGCCGCGAACACCUCCGCGGCGGCUCACCACUACCGCCUCUCUGGAAGCGCUACAAGGCUUGUUGGAUACCUCGGUGGAAGCCAGCAGCCGCGCCGCCACCACUCCAGUGCCUGCCGAAUCGGCGGUGGCGGCGCUGCUUCGAUAUGGCACGCGAUUCUGCCCUCCGGCGCUGGUAUCAAGCCGCUGGCCUUCCACCAAGAGCAGAUGAGGGGCGAAGGCUCGUGGAAUGUGGCGUGGGACGCGCGUCCCGCCCGGUGGCUCCACCGCCCCGACUCUGCUUGGCUCCUCUUCGGCGUCUGCGCCUGCCUCGCCGCGCCGCUGGAGUGCACCGAUGUGAGUCCUCCGCCGGCCACCUCCGGCGAAGAUAUCGAAGGUCGUAGCACGGAAAUCAUCCUCUAUGAAACGAACGGCGAGAACUCUGUUAAUUACAGAGUCACAGGGGUGACAGCUGAUGGCCGAUGCCUGUUUAGAGCAAUAGCUCAUGUGGCUUGCUUGAGAAAUGGAGAAGAAGCUCCUGAUGAGCAUCGACAGAAGGAACUCGCUGAUGAUCUACGAGCUCAGGUUGUCAAAGAGCUCUUAAGGAGGCGCAAGGAGACUGAAUGGUUCAUUGAAGGAGAUUUUGAUGCAUAUGUGGAUAGGAUUCAACAUCCAUAUGUAUGGGGUGGAGAGCCAGAGUUACUUAUGGCAUCCCAUGUUCUUCAGACGCCGAUAUCCGUAUUCAUGAUAGAUAGAAGUUCGGGUGGUUUGGUAAAUAUAGCAAACUAUGGGGAAGAAGAGUACCAGAAAGGAGGAGAGAGUCCCAUUACCAUUCUGUUCCAUGGCUACGGCCACUACGACGUACUGGAAGCCAUCAGAGACUAAACUGGACGUGCGCCGUGAAGUUUGAGGAGGCGUCUUCAGCUAAUCAAUCUGGGUUUGUAGCAGCAGGUCUGGAUCCUGUUUUGAAAAUUCAAUCAAUUUUCUGAACCGAGUUAAAUUCAGGCAAUAGGGUUGUUCCAAUUUUUUUUUUCUUUUUUUAUUUUGUAGAGUUCAUGCGUUCUUUUGAUAGCUUGAAUCUAAGAAUAGAAUAAAAACAUUAGGUCAAUCUGCGCGCGUGCCCUUAUUUCAGCUUUAAGUUUCUUCAAGACUGCUGUUCUGUGGUUAUCCCCCCUUCACUCAAACAUCGUUUCUGCAUCUCUCUCUCUCUCUCUGCAUUUUUGUGAUGGUUUUUUGACCUUUUGAGGUAUUAAAUUUGAUCAGAUUUGUGGUCAGGGUGCCAAGAUUUGAGUUGCCCUCGUUGUUGUAACGUGAGAUGGGAAAUAAAUAAAUUCUCAGAAAUAUUUCUCUGGGAUUGGAAUU